GCGAAAUCGUCAUCAUGUGUCGUAACUUCUGCGGUCUCUCAAUGACAGAAGGGACGUGAAUAAAAUGUGGUUUCGGUGGACAAAUGACACCAUGCUGGUCCUGUUUAACUAUCUGUGUGACCAACAUUAGUUCCAUCAUCAGGGUUAAAGAUUGGGAGAAGCAGCUUGUGUUGAGAUGAAGAGGUUUGUGUGUGUCGGAGUGUUCAGGCAGACUGCCGCUCUGAUGCAGAUCACACCUUCAUCUUCUUUCGGUCAUACCACACAGAUGCUGGUACCCUCAGCCCAUCUGAUCUCCAGCCCACGAUGGCUCGGCACCUCUGCGGUGUCGUCCUGUCCGGCUCCUCGGCAUAACUCCAGCAGAGAUCAUGCAGUUAACGGCGCUCCGGGGCAGGAUGAGUCGGACCCGCUGCAGGACAGUUCUAUAAGCCUCCUGCAGCGGUUCAAAAAGACCUUUAAACAGUACAGCAAAGUCAUGAUCCCUGUGCACGUGGUGACGUCUUCAGUGUGGUUUGGUACCUUUUAUUACGCUGCAAUGAAAGGAGUGAAUUUGGUGCCGUUUCUUGAGUUUCUUGGAUUUCCUGAUAAGGUUGUUAAACUUCUGGAGUACUCUCAGAGUGGCUAUGCAUUAACAGCCUAUGCCAUGUACAAGAUUGCCACGCCUGCAAGGUACACAGUAACAUUAGGAGGAACGUCACUGUCUGUGAAGUACCUGAGGAAGCACGGCUACAUGUCCACUCCUCCACCGGUGAAAGAAUAUCUCCAGGAGAAGAUGGAGGAGACCAAAGAGAGAAUCUCUGAGAAAAUGGAAGAGACCAAGGAUCGCUUUUCCGAGAGAAUGGAGGAAACGAAAGACAAGUUCAAUGAGAGACUUCAAGAAACCAAAGACAAAGUGUCUUUCCGAAAGAAAAAGGAGUAGUAGCCUCAUAAAGACAGGUGUUAGAUUUGGACUUGUGAGUCUACAGUUUAUGGAGAAGGACAAUGCACUAAAGAUUUGAUGUGACAUCUUCCAGUGAUGUUACUUAAAAUAUAAUACACCUUAAUUGGGGGAAACACGUGCUCUCUAAAUCUAAUGUAGGCUGCACAUUUAACAUUACUUGUUCACGUAGUUGGCUAAGCUAUUGCGAAAAGAUAAAAUCAUAUGUCAAUAGUACUAUACCUUAGUUUCUGGAGAUAAUCACAGCACAAUGUUUUACAACAGAUUUGUACAUGAAGUGUAUUGUCCCGUAUGUGUCCACACGUGAGGCCUCUGUAAUACUCCAUGCCGUGUCUUUAUUAAUAUCACGCAGCUCUUAUUUAAGCUAUAGCUUAUAGUUAUCACAGGUUUGAGUUACUGAACAUGAUAUGGUCAAAAUUGGAAGGUUCGAAACCGAUUGUAACUAGACAUUAUGCAAAACAGUGUUCUUAAAGCUGUAAAUGUACAUGCAGCAUAUAUAAUUCUGUGUUAUAUUGUACUGAACUGAAAAAGUGAAAAACACCUUAAAAUUUACAGAAUCAAACUAAAUUUGUCAAGAUGUCUUAUUUUAACCUAUGUGACUUCAUUUUAACUCACUGGUUUUUUUAUGACAGAAUGUGCACUUGUCACACAUUGAUGUAUUUUUUGCAAAACUAUAAAUGACAUUUUAUAAUGAAAUGUAUUUAUCAGCAAAUGUUGAAGCACUCUUUAGGUCUCAUGCAUCAAUCCCUGCAAAACAACAAUAUAGAUGUGUCAGGACUAUGAUACUAUGAAUAUAUGACACCUGGUUGGUCACAAAAUAAAAACAAAACUUUCAGAAGAGCUCAUUGACUCAUUCUGUGAUGUCCCCUGACAUUGUGAGACCCUCUGUUUAAUGGGUUCUCCUAAAAUAUUGUGUCCGAAUGCAUAUUAAACUGAUUAAUAUGACGUUAAAUACACCACGAAUAACAGCUGAAUUGUGUGUAU